AUGUCUCGCUUCUUAGACAGCAUUUCCACCAUCAUCAGUGUCUUUCACAAAUAUACAAAGGAAGAUGGAGACUGCUCCAACAUCAGCCGAAGGAAGAUGAAAGAGUUCAUCCAGAGGGAGUUUGCAGAUGUCAUAGCUAAGCCGCAUGACCCUCAGACGAUUGACAAGAUUCUACUGUUUCUGGAGUGGGAUAGUGAUGGGGAAAUAGAUUUUAAUGAGUUCCUACUUUUGGUGUUCAGAGUGGCUAAGGCCUGCUACUGGUACCUGCCAAAGGGACCACACCUUCUGCAAAGAACAAAGCUGACAACCAGUGGCAAGUCACUCCGAGAGCCUGAAAUGAAGAACAGAGGGAGCCGUCGGCAGCUCCAGGAGGAGGAACGACAAGCCUGUGAGAGUGAUCACUAUCCCCUCUGUGAAACUGGGCCGCAACAAGACACCAGGGUCAAUGAGCUUGAAACACUAGAGGAAACAGGGAUUCAUCACCAGCAAUGUAACACACAAAGCAGAAACGAUGCAAAACGAAGCAGUGAGCCGGGAGAGGCAAUCCCUCGGGUAUACGAAGAACGAAGCCAAAAGCCAUGCGACCAACAGAAGAGCCAGAGAAGACGUCAGCCACCGGAGCCAGACAGACCAGGAGAUGGACAACUCUACAAGCACAGCAGCUUGCAAGCACAUGAGCCUGGACUGCAGGCAGAUGAGAGACAGAAUCAAGAGGAGCCUCAGCCAGAACAACUGGCAGAUGUGAGGAGUCGCAGCCAGACCUGUGAACCACAACCGCUGCUAAACCGGUGGAGUAGCCAUCAGCAACACGAGCCAGUACUACCAGCAUAUGAUCAAAAAAAACAGCGGCCAGAAGCAGCAGAUAGAAGAACUAACAAUCAACCACGUAAACCUGAAUUACUCACAGAAGAGAGAAGCCGCUACCACUUACGUGAGCUGGAACAAAAAGGACUUGAACACAUCAGCCACAAGCCGUGUGAGCCUGAAUGCCUGGACACAAGACGCCCACAUCAGUCAUACAUAAAAGAACCGCUAGAACUUGACAUCAG